ACCUCUCCUUUCUCUUCUGGAAAAAAACCCUAGUCAUAUUUUCUCUGCGUACAAAGAACAACAAUCGUUAUUGUUGCGUGCAAACAACGGGAAAGCAAAGAGCAACCCCAAGAUAUCUAAUUCAAUAACAGUUCUACACCAAUUCAUACUUUUCAAACGUCAAGUUUUUUGGGGGUAAGCAACUAUGAAUAUGCAACCACCACCAUUCGGAAAGAAUGGUGAUAUUGAAGCCGGCAAUUCACAACUUUAUCCAAACAUGCUUGAAAACCCACAGCUACGAUGGGCAUUCAUCCGGAAAGUCUACGUGAUCUUAUCGCUCCAAUUACUUUUAACGGUUGCUGUUGCCGCCGUCGUCGUUGCGGUUCACCCUAUUGCAGAAUUCAUUGUUUCGACUACGGCUGGAUUAGCUAUUUAUGUUGUUCUGGCCAUCUUGCCAUUCAUAAUUUUGUGUCCUUUGUAUUUCUAUCAAAAGAAACAUCCUGUGAACUUAUUGCUCCUUGGUUUGUUCACAAUUUCCAUUUCGUUCACGCUCGGGCUAGCGUGCUCGUUCAGGAGUGGCGAGGUUAUAUUGGAGGCAGCAAUUCUGACUGCUGUGGUGGCCGUAAGUCUUACGCUCUACACCUUUUGGGCAGCAAAAAGAGGGCAUGAUUUCAAUUUCCUUGGGCCUUUCUUAUUUGCUGCCACAUUAGUUCUCAUGGUCUUUGGUCUCAUUCAGUUCUUAUUUCCCUUGGGAAAGUUGUCCGUCAUGAUAUACGGUUGCUUGGCUGCCAUUAUUUUCUCUGGGUAUAUCAUCUACGACACAGACAACCUUAUUAAGCGCUUCACGUAUGACGACUACAUUUGGGCUUCAGUCUCGCUUUAUUUGGACAUCAUCAACCUCUUCACAGCUUUACUUACCAUCUUGGGCGUUGCUGACGGUUGAUGGCGGGAAACAAUAAUUCAUUCUUUAACAACAUGUUAAAAACUCCAACCUUAUAGAUUAAAAUUCAAAUGUAUCUUACUAACAUGCUUAGUUUUCUUUUGAAUGUUAUAUAUUAGUAUUGGUUUUCAACCCUUAAAUAUGUAACAUGAUCAAAAUUGGAGAGUGCUUCGAGCCUUCGAGGCACUCUCUCUUAACAUAUGUAGAGCAAGGGUUCACUUUAUGA